AUUAGGUCAGUAGUUCGAUUUAACGUCGAAGCUUUAUCUGAUUGGCUGAUGAGAGUUAACAUGCAUAUAUCGAGGUUAAACGUAGUUGCCAGAUAAUUUUUUCACAUACAAGCUAUCGGCAAUCCACUGCAAUCCUCUAAAAGGAUGCAAUGCCAAUACCAAACCGCUAUAUGUACGAUACACUGCAACGUAUAACCGCUUUCAUGUUCGCGAAUAGUUACGGUGGAUCUCUAGUAUAUUAUAACGGUCAUCUACAUCAUACAGAUAUAAUCAAAUAUAUGAUUUUUCUUAUAUGGACUUCACACAUAAUGCUACUAAUACUAAUCGUAAUAUUUCCAACUUUUAUCAUCUCUCUCUCCUGUAUGUUUCGUAAAUUAUGAAAACUAAAUGUUUAAAAAUAAGAUACAAUAUGCAAUUAGUACUUUUUGAAAGUCUAUUACUGCAAUAAAUUUGUAAUUAUCGUACAAUUUGUAUAUAUCUAAAAGAUAUAUUUUAAAAUAUUCGAUUGUGUUCAGUUGCGUCAGUACAUUGAUUGUUUCGCAAAUAGACAACCGUGAAAGCGUCCUAAAUAAAAAUCUUUUUAUAGCGAGUUCGAUUCGAUACAUGAUCUAUUAACACCGAUUGUAGGUGUGUAUCUCUAGUAUCGCUAAUUACAUUACUGCGGCUCAGUAUGACUUUUUCAUCGGUACAGUAAGUUAGCUGCACUCGAAAGGAACCCGUUAAUUCGAUUUUGUAAUACAAGUUCAAUUUUUCGAUUUUUAUUAUAACAGGACGAAUUUUAACACUAUGGUAACUAUCGUGUAAAUUUACAGUGAAAGUUUCUAUUGCUCAAAAUUAAUUAUGAAAUAAUAAAAAUUCUAAGUGUUUUAUGUGUGUUCUUUUUCUAUUUUGCAAACAACUUAUAAUGGUCAUUAACAACAUUCGUUCGAUUGCAGGAAGAAGUUCAACUUAGCAAAGAUCAAUUAUCUCGUAAGUACAUUUCAUAUUAAACCAACAUUAUUAUCGCGCGUACUGAUAAAUGCUUCAAAUAUUACAUUUGACGAAUUCAGAAGUAUUAUUAAGAUCACAAGAGAUAAUUAAGAAUAGUUAAUUGUAAAACAUACACAUACAUAUAGACAAAACAUAGACACAUAAUAUGUAAAAAUAAGAAAUUAUUUUUCCAACCAGAUUUGCAAAUGGCAUUUGACGCAUUCGAUCACGAUAAAAAAGGGUGUAUCAGCACAGAUAUGGUCAGCACAAUUCUAGGUAUGCUCGGCCACGAGGUUUCACCACAAGAGCUCGCAGAAAUUAUCGCGGAAAUUGAUACGGAAGGAAACGGCGAAUUAAAAUUUGAGGAAUUUUGCAAAUUGGCGUCGCGCUUUCUCGAGGAGGAAGUCGAUACCGAGGCGAUACAACAGGAGCUACGAGAGGCAUUCCGGCUUUACGAUAAGGAAGGCAAUGGUUACAUUACUACCGAUGUGUUCAGAGACAUUCUUCACGAGCUGGACGACGCGCUAUCUCCGGAAGAGCUCGAUAUGAUCAUAGAGGAGGUGGACAUUGACGGAUCUGGCACGCUCGAUUUCGAAGAAUUCAUGGAGGUCAUGACAGGAUAAAUUAUUACUUUGGCACUGCUCGGAUGCCCCAUGUCUAUCGCGCACAAGUCGAACAACGUGUAUGCUGCGCGAAUUGAGAAGCCGAAAUCCCCCGCGAGAUUAUACGUGACACUGGCAGGAUAUAGAGUUCGCUCGUUCAUCAUAUAAGGAAGUCGCCGUAAAACUUAUAUUUUUUAUAAAGUACGUGAGUCGAAAGUUUGAGAUGCGAUGAUUCAGAAGAAAUUCAUACAUUUUUCGAAUAAUGUAGCUCGUACAAAAUAUGUAUUAAACGUGGCCAAUGUGAUAUAUAAUAAAAGGACUUUGAAAUCUUUGGAAACAAA